AAGAUUCAUUCAAUUUCACUCACACAACAAAACACAAUAGAAGAAGAAGAACAACAACAACAAGACCAAGAACAAAGUACGAAGUAACAACAACAGUGGAAACAAAAGAGAGACACAAAACACAAUCACCAACGUUAAUUUCAGAUCUCAAUUUUGGAUCCCCAUCUUGUUCUUCAUCCCAAAGAUUGAAUUUUUAUUUAAUUUUUCCCCUUUUCUUCAAUUUCAAUCUUUUGGGGUCAAAGUUUUAUGGCUUCUUCUGGAAAUUCUGCAAAUCCAAAUCAAACCCAACAAACCCAAUUUGAUUUACAAAAGCUUUUCAAAGUAACAACAACAAAUCAAAAUCAAAAUCAAAAUUUGAACUCUUCUCCUUCAUUCCCUUCACCUUCAUCACUUUCUACACCCCCUCCUUCUUCUUAUCCUACACCUUCUUCUUCAUACCCUCCACCAACUGGUACAUACCCUUAUCAUCUUCCUCACUAUCUUCCUUUUCCAAAUCUUCAACAAGAAAACCCUCUUAUUCAUCAACAUCAUCCUCAAAUGCAUGCACCUCAAAGACCCAUUUUUCAACCUUCUUCUUCUCCUACAUCACCAAAUCCAAACACUACAUCUGGUGCACGUUUAAUGGCUUUGUUAGGGACUCAAAGCCAAAACCCUCCUUCAAAUCAAGAAUCUGAAUUUUCAGUUUCAUCAAACCCUGGUUCAGUUGUGACUUCAGUUUCUUCUCCUGGUAACAUGGCAAGUCCAAAUUCUACACCAACAAGGAUGCUUAGUACUAAGCUUCCAAAGGGUAGACAUUUGAAAGGAGAGAAUGUUGUUUAUGAUAUUGAUGUUAAGUUGCCAGGUGAAAUGCAGCCUCAACUCGAGGUUACGCCGAUUACUAAGUAUGCAUCUGAUCCUGGACUUGUGCUUGGGAGACAAAUUGCUGUUAAUAGAUCUUAUAUAUGUUAUGGACUUAAACUCGGUGCUAUUCGGGUUCUUAAUAUUAAUACUGCUUUGAGAUAUUUGCUUCGAGGUCAUACUCAGAGGGUAUCCGACAUGGCUUUCUUUGCUGAGGAUGUUCACCUGUUAGCCAGUGCUAGCACUGACGGGAGAAUUUUUAUAUGGAAAAUCAAUGAGGGCCCUGAUGAGGAAGACAAGCCUCAAAUUACUGGAAGAGUUAUCCUAGCCAUUCAAAUAUUAGGAGAGAGUGAGUCAGUUCAUCCACGAGUAUGCUGGCAUCCACAUAAACAAGAGAUUUUAAUUGUUGCUAUUGGAAACCGUAUCCUCAAAAUUGACACUAUGAAAGCUGGAAAAGGUGAAACCUUUUCUGCAGAGGAACCUCUCAAAUGUAACAUUGAUAAGUUGAUUGAUGGCGUGCAACUUAUCGGUAAGCAUGAUGACAAUAUCACCGAGUUGUCAAUGUGCCAAUGGAUGAAGAGUCGAUUAGCUUCAGCAUCAGCAGAUGGCACGGUGAAGAUAUGGGAAGAACGUAAGGCAACACCACUUGCUGUUUUAAGACCACAUGAUGGUAAACCUGUUAAUUCCGUGACGUUCUUGACUGCUCCUCACCGCCCAGAUCACAUCGUUCUUGUCACAGCGGGCCCACUAAAUCAGGAAGUGAAGAUAUGGGUAUCUGGUUACGAGGAAGGUUGGUUAUUGCCUAGUGAUUCUGAGUCAUGGAUUUGUGUUCAGACUUUGGAUAUAAGAAGUUCUUCUGAAACCAACCCCGAGGAUGCAUUCUUUAAUCAAGUUGUAGCGUUGCCUCGUGCUGGUUUGGUUCUGCUAGCAAAUGCCAAGAAAAAUACAAUAUAUGCUGUGCAUAUAGAGUAUGGACCCAAUCCAACUGCUACUCGCAUGGACUAUAUUUCCGAGUUCAUAGUCACAAUGCCUAUAUUAAGCCUUAUUGGAACUAGUGAUAGUUUACCAGAUGGAGACCAUCUUGUUCAGAUAUAUUGUGUCCAAACACAAGCUAUUCAACAGUACGGACUCAAUUUGUCACAAUGUUUGCCUCCGCCACUAGACAAUGUUGAACUUGAAAAAACAGAAGCAAGUGUAUCUCGUGCUUGGGAUGGAUCUACUGAUCUGGAAACUGUUAACAUACCACAAGUUCAGCUGAGCACUUCUGAAAGUGCUGUAAAUUUAUCUUCUACAGAUAUUCAUGGUCUUCCUGAAGGUUCUGUGUCAGAUACUGAGACCAAGCCAAAUGAUUUACCUUCUCAUAAUGGUUUUGAGCAUGUCCACGCUGCUCCACCUCCACUUCCUCCGAGUCCAAGACUGUCUCGCAAGUUAUCUGGUACCAAAAGUUCUAAUAUUUUAGCGACCAGCUCAACAAGUGCCGGUGAUCACAGCAAUGAGCCAACAAAUCUUGAUUCUUCUGCAGACCAAAGAAUAGAGUCUGAAAAAGAUAGUGUGGCUGAUGUGCCUGCAUCGGGUGACAGUUUGCAAGAAAGUGACAGAGUUGUACAAAAUGAUGUUUCUGAUUCCCCUACAAUAUUUAAACACCCAACUCAUUUGGUAACUCCAUCUGAGAUAUUCUCUAAAGCUGCUUUGUCUCCUGCUAAUUCCAAUAUCUCUCAAGGUAUGAAUGUUCAAGGUGUUGCUGCACAUAGUGAUGCAGAAAAGUUUGAAGUAGAAGUUAAAGUAGUAGGUGAGAGUGAGACUGCUUCUAAUCAAGAAAACACUGAGUAUGACAUAGACUCCCACACCAAUGUUGCUGAGAAGAAAGAGAAGUUAUUCUACUCUCAGGCUUCUGAUCUUGGCAUUCAGAUGGCUAGAGACACCUAUAAUAUCGAGGGAGUUCGUCAGGCUGAUAAUACUAAUACUAUUGAUGCACCUGAUAAAAACCGUACAUCAAUUGAGGAAGAAGUUCAAGAGACGAGUAAGGAGGUACCUGCAAAUAUCAGGGAAUCAGAAGUUGUAGCUGCAACUUUGCAGUCUCCAGCACCAUCCACGAAAGGUAAAAGACAGAAGGGUAAAGGUUCUCAAGUUCCUGGUACAUCUUCCACUUCUCCCAGCCCUUUUAAUUCAGCGGAUUCAGCAAAUGAUCAAGGCGGAAAUUCAGCAGCCCCGUCGGUGGAGGCUGCUUUACCACAAUUAUCUACUGUGCACGAGAUGAUGGGCCAGCUAUUAAACAUGCAAAAGGAAAUGCAAAAGCAGAUGAAUGUGAUGGUUUCGGUCCCGGUUACUAAGGAAGGCAAAAGAUUAGAAGGGUCAUUGGGUCGAAGCAUGGAGAAGGUAGUCAAGGCUAACGCCGAUGCUUUGUGGGCUCGCAUACAAGAAGAAAAUGCAAAGAAAGAGAAAUUAGAGCGAGACCAUGUGCAGCAAAUAACAAAUUUGAUCUCCAAUUACAUAAACAAGGACAUGUCAUCUCUAUUGGAGAAAAUCAUUAAGAAGGAAGUAUCUUCAAUUGGAACAACCAUUACUCGUUCACUUAGUCAAAACCUAGAGAAAGCAAUAUCAACAGCUGUUACAGAGUCAUUCCAGAAGGGGGUCGGAGACAAAGCAUUAAACCAACUAGAAAAGUCAGUUAGUUCAAAACUUGAAGCUACAGUGGCUAGGCAGAUACAAGUACAAUUUCAAACUACUGGCAAACAGGCUCUUCAGGAAGCACUUAGGACUAGUGUGGAAGCUACAUUAGUUCCUGCCUUCGAGAAGUCUUGCAAAGCUAUGUUCGAGCAAAUUGAUGGCACUUUUCAGAAUGGUCUUUUGAACCACACAACUGCUAUUCAACAGCAGUAUGAUUCUACUCAUUCUCCGCUAGCCAUAACUUUGAGGGAAACAAUUAAUUCAGCAUCAUCGAUCACUCAAACUUUGAGCGGACAAUUAGCUGAUGGCCAACGUAAAUUGUUGGAAAUGGCAGCUAAUUCCAAAGUGGCUGCUGAUCCUUUUGUAACACAAAUCAACAAUGGGUUGCAUGAGAUGACCGAGGAUCCUACCAAAGAACUAUCAAGGUUAAUAAGUGAGGGAAAAUUUGAGGAAGCGUUUACUGGAGCUCUUCAUAGAAGUGACGUUGCAAUAGUUUCUUGGUUAUGUUCUCAGGUUGAUUUAACCGGUAUCUUGACAAUGGUACCAUUGCCAUUAAGCCAAGGAGUACUUUUAUCUCUUCUACAACAAUUAUCCUGCGGCAUCAAUACAGAGACACUAAAAAAAUUGCAAUGGAUGACAGAUGUAGCUGCUGCUAUAAACCCUGCAGAUACGAGGAUUGCAGCGCAUGUGCGGCCAAUAUUGGAUCAAGUGUACCGAACACUAGGCCAUCAUCGCAAUUUACCAACGAAUUCCCCUUCAGAAGCUAGCAAUAUCCGCCUUCUCAUGCAUGUCAUAAACUCGGUGUUAUUGAGCUGUAAAUGAGUCAUCUUUGCAGAAAACGUGUUGAAGAGUACCAUCUUUGGUUUGUAAAUUGUGUGACAUCCUCAUAGGAAGAAGUUAACAUCACAUUAGUUUCGAAACUGCAAUUGGAGAUAAACCGAAUCAAGGGUCGGUAGCAGUUAAGGAUUGGCGGAAUGGCUGCAACAAGUACUACUGACUAGCAGUUACGACAGGACAAGCCUUUGUGUGAGGUUUUGCGCUUCUUCUGAUACUUUAAAGCUCUUGCCACGAUAGCAUUCAUAGAACGGUCGGAAUCAUUAUACAUUAAUUGUGAAAUGAAAACAUCGAGGUUGGCUGGCUAGCUUCGGAGGCAGUGGUGUUUUGGUAGGAUGUUGUGUGUGGGCUGGCUCUCAAGUGUCUUGAAAUUUGCAGUCAUUUUAAUAAUGGAAUGAGAGCUUCCCAAUUAUGUAAACUUUGUUACACUGAAUGUAGCUAUUGUAGCAGUUUAGACUUUGCUAGAGAUUAAGGUGCAGUUUUGGAUUUUUUUUUCCCUUUUUUUUUUUAUUUUUAUCUACAAGAGUUUGUCAAUUAAAAUAAGUUUAUUUUGUUGAUGUUUACGGAGAAGUUAUUGUUUAAAAUACUCAUAAUUAUUUUAAUUUUUUUAUCCAUUUGGCUUUUUGAGAA